AGUGAUUAGUGUUGGUUAAAAAAAAGUGCCGCUUAAGAAGUAUAACUGCUAAUAAUAUAAUAAAAAUGGACAUUAGCACCUAUUUUAAUAAUACUACAACGAGAUUGAAGAGGAGGCUGAGCUUAAAUGAUAGCAGCUCAAGUGAAGAGAGCCACGCGACAGAUAUGACGGCGGAUGAUUGCAAUGCCAAAGAUAUUGGCAAAUGGGUGGCUUUAGUCGGUACGAUGAGUGAGGAGCAGAAAAAAGAACUGUUGGUUAGUUGUUGGAAGCCCGACCAAAAUUAUAAUUUUUCAGCUGAUGCAACACACUUGAAGAGAAAAUUCAAUUGGUCAUGGUUAGAUUUAUACAAACCAGUGUUGGUGUACUCGCGCAGGCUAAAGGGCGCUUUUUGUCUUUAUUGCUCAUUAUAUCUCAACAAACCUGGCUUAACUUCCUCGUUUGUUGUACGCCCUUUUACAAAAAUUAAAAAUGUGCAUGAGUACUCCAAAGCUCAUGCAUCAAGCAGUUUGCAUAAAGAAGCUACGUAA